AUGCCGUCCAAGCAGGGCCCGCGCCUUUACUGGCGACUUUCCAACUUGGAGCACCCGAAUGCGGACCUGGAAAAGACUGUAAAAGACCACUUACUUAAUCAUGCGAUUCAAGUGCUUCUUCCAUAUGACACUGUCGAUAAGGAAUUGCAAGAAGAACUGGACGUUCAGUUGGUUACAAUGCUUCCGCCUGACGAAGGAUACCAGGUGAUACGUGCCAGCCUUGCGGACAUCCUCGCGCAAGUCCUCAACACGGGGGUCAUUUUGCAGGAGGACACAACCUUGCAGGCCUUGUCUCUCGCUGACCGCCUGGAGAGCAACCACGCAGUCGCCAUCACCCCUGAUGGCAUGCUGCACCUGGCCACCAGCGGCGAGGUCCAUGCGCGGCUGGGGCUGACGGGGGUCCACAGCCCCAGCAACCCGGAUCGCUACAACAUCAGUUUGGAUUUGAGAUCCAAAUCUUUACAGCCUGGUCAGGAUCGUUACGCGCAGGUGCUGUCCAAAGUGCGGACGGUCUUUCCAGCCCAGGCGUUCAUUCUUCGACUGGAGGUGAAGGGAGAGCUGCAGGAAAUCGGCUUGCCCCCGGAGGCGCUCACACCCUCAUAUGGUACUGAGGCAUGGCUGCCCCUGGAGUCGACGGCACGAACCCAACCAGGCCUUAUGUUGCCGCCGCUGUCGCGGGACACGUUUGAGCAGCUAGGUCGUGAAGGCGACUGGCAGCUUCGGAGGGCCAUUACGGGCUUGCAUACCUGGCUGGGCGCCCUGGCAUGUGGACAAGGUCACACUUUAUGUAACGACUUGUUGCCUGAUGAGGUAAUGCCGCUACAGCUGGUUGACGAGCCGCUUCCCUCCAGGGAGGAACAGGAUCGGCGGCUGUUGGGCACCAUGGUGAGCCGCAUGUGGAAGGGGAUGAUUUCACAAAAGCAGGUCCUCGAUGUGAUGAAGGCGACUUCGGCUAUGGUGGUCGCUAAGCAGGUGCCCUGGGCUGCCGUACAUGUGUGGGGUUUCGCUGACACGCCCGUCGCGUGGCGUGGCUUGGAGCAUGGCACGGCAUGGGGCGGUGCGGGCGAGAGUAACUAUACUGUGGUCUUCCUCGGCAGCGGCGACUACUGCAUUUACAAGGCACUUGGCCCAGAGGACAUGAACUUCUCAUCGUAG